CUCGGCCUUCCAGUUUGUUGUGCAAGCGGCCCAGCAGCCCAGCAACGGCGAGCUCUCCCCAACCGACGACCCACGACCCCGUCACGGCCUCGCCGGCGGCGGCACGCUCACUGGCCUUGCCGUCGCUGCCUCGCCUCCGGCUUCGCCCCGUCAUCCGGCGCUCGCCGGCACCCCGCCUAGACCCCUCCUCCCCCUCCUACUCUCAAGUCUGACCCCCUCGCUCGUCCCCGGCUCCCCGACGCCCUGCGCCCAACGGCCGCCGACGCUCCCUGCCCCUUCUGGCAAAGCCACACAGGUGAGCACGAUGCUGCGCAGCUUCCCCCAGGCCCGUCGGCUUCUGAAGAGGCUGGGUUUUGAGAAGGGGGACGCCUACUUCUUUAAGCAGAUGGGCAAGGGCAUGCUAUGCACAUAUGCGCUUUUUGGCGCCGCGUGGUUCUGGAAUGAGACAUCACCGCUUGGCUGGUGGACGCUCAAGCCACGGCCCAAGGAAGAGAAGGAGAUGGCGCAUCUGUACGAGCGCAGGGAGUUCCCGUACCCGGGCGACGAGGAGGCGGUGGAGGAGUUCAUAAAGAGCGGGGGCGCCCUGGGCACGACGAUCGGGCCCAAGGGGUUCGCGGACGCCAACAUGGACUCGGACAACAUGCAGAAGCAGCUGCAGUCGAAGAAGUUUGACCAGGAGGCGCGCAAGCUGUGGUUCCGGAUGCGCAACGAGGUGGUGCAGGAGCUCCAGGAGAAGGGGUUCGACGUCGAAUGAUGCUACUCCGUGUUUGUCUGUUUGUUUGUUCUUUCCCCUAAAAGAAAGAAAGAAAGAAAGAAAGAAAGGGUCAAGUAAGUGUUUUGCAUUGAGAGGUGAAUAAUCAAUCCCCUGUUGCUGACAUCUCGAGACAGCGGUUUAAUAAUGUUUGAAUUUUGUGUCCCCUACUCUGUGCUGAUCGCAUAUUUGAUUUGAAUUUCCUUUCCACAUACACCAGUUA